AUGGAACCUCAACAGACCCCGUGCAGAUCUCUUGUUCUUCUACCAUUUACCCUAGAGACCGAACAAGCAGAGAUACCCUUUGAUAUGGAACGGAUUGUUCCUGAAGAAUUAAAAGCCCCAGAGGCGAUUGCGCGAAAUGUUAACACUCCGCCAAAGCUUAUUUUUCGCGGCCAUGAGAUGCAGGGAUCGCCGUUGGAGCUUCCAACCGACUACGUUAUUACUUUUCAUAAGGACUCGGGUGCAGUCACUACCCAUGACAGAUGUACGAUGUUCUUAGAGCCUGGCGACCAACCGCAGCCAUCCCCCCGCUCUAUUAUGGGUUUGUAUCAGAUGAUGCUUUAA